AUGUGCGAUUCAUUCGGUGGUGGUCUCGGGAGAUUCAGAGAAUCUUCCCAUGUCUCAAAUUCAAAUCUCUGUCGAGAAUUGGUGGAAGUUGAAGGUGGAACCGAUUGGAAAAUCAGAAAACUUGAAGAAAAAUACGAAGAGAUAUGUUGGAAAUAUCCGGGAUCGUCAGUUAUUGUCAAUUAUCAUAUGAAUAGGCUUCAAAAUCUAGAAGAACAAGAAAGUUUCGAUGAGAAUUUGAAGAUUUUUUAUGCAAAAGUAUCACAUUUUGUUUCCCCGGUGGAAAUUUCGCUUCAGCCAAAAUAUUUGAGAUCUGCAAGACAGGGAAUUCAUCGACAAAUGAAUGCGUUUUACAAUUCCACGUGUCUCAAGUUUCAAAAAGAUCAGAUAUUUCCAGGAGUGGCUUGUGCUGCAAAAGAAAGCGAUGUUUGGUAUCGAGCCAAGAUUGUUCAAGUUUCCGGGGAUAAACAGUUAGUUUGCUAUAUCAAAAACUAGCUUCAAAUAUUUUCUUUUAGCAUUGUCGUUGAACUCGUCGACAUCGGAAUCCAACAUCUAAUUCCAUCCUCUUCAAUUCAACCACUACUUCGUCGAUUCGGUCGAGCUCCACCACUUUCUUUAAAAUGCCGUGUUGAUGGAGUAUCAAUCAAUGAUCUCGAAACCAAAGAUCUCAUUGAUUUCAAGAAAAUCGUCGAAAAUUGCAAUGCACUUUUUCGCGUUGAAUUGAAAUCAACAAUCGAACCAUUUCUAAUAGAUCUUCUUCAUCCAACAAUUUCAAAUCGAAAUGUUUGUCAAAAAUUUAUGCCACCUCCGGAAGAUUUGGGGAAAAUCGAGAGAUUGGAUAGGAACUGGAUACAACAUUGUCGAAAAGUUUGUAACGAGGUUGAUGAUGAUGAGGAUGAUAUUUGGAAUCAUAAUUGGGCUGGAGAUAGAAAUAAUGAGAAUGACGUGUGAGUUAAGGAAAGAGACCAGAUUGUGAGAGAAUCCAGUUUUUUUCAGUAAACAAGUCACAUCAAUUAAAAUAAUCCAUCGACUUGCAAAAUGUCAAAAAGCGCCUCGCUUCGACACCGAUCAACUUCUCGUUGGUCACAUUGAAAACUCACAAAUUAUUUAUUUACACUACCCAUGGCAAUUAAAAACUCGCCAUAAAAUUGAAAACCACCUCAAGGAUUCAUGGGAAACUCUUCCAGUUCUUUCUCAAAAUCUGGUUGAAGAUCAAAUUUAUGCUGUCAUUUUACAUCAAGAAAAAACCAGAAAAUAUAGAAGAGCAAUUUAUAUAAACCAAAAAUCAUUACUUUUAUUAGACUAUGGAAUUUAUAUCGAAAUGAAUUGUGAUAAUAUUCUGCUAGAAAUUCGACUAUUACCAGAUGAUCAAUUAUUCAAAGAACCACCAAUGUUAACAAUUAUAUCAUUAGCUGGAGCAAAUGUUUUGCAACCAGCACAUCAUUCAGAAACUCAAGUUUUGAGAAAUAUUAUGAAAAAUGAUGAUAUUGUGUAUUUUCAAUGGGAUGGAAAAUCAAAAAAUGUACAUAAGUUUUCUUUUUUUAUUAAAAAAAACACCCAAUGAUUUUCAGACUCCAAUGCGUGGCUUUUUAUACACCUCAGAUCGUCAGAAUAUUUCUACAAUUCUCUCGGAAACACUUCUCAAAAAUCGACAAAAUAUUGGAUGUCGUCAACUCGUCAAACAAUAUUUCAAAAUACCUACAACUUACGGAAACUCCAAUCACAUUUACCGUAACUCCUGUCAUCAGUCUUAUUCUAAAGGCGCACUGUUAAUUUUUCCUGAUGAAUAA